GGUUUGAGUUUCAGUUGAGAUGUAGGACACAUUGACAAUGUUUUCGUCUUGUUCCUUUUUUUUUUUUUUUUUAAACGGCACAAAACUUGACAGGGGUGUGUAGAGACUUUUUAUGUCCACAAUAUUUGCUUUGCACGUGCCGGCAUGUUGAAAAAGUGCUUAGUCAUUGUUCAUAUGGAUUUCUGUAAAAGGAUGUGGUCACUGGUCCAGAAGUUUAAAAAAAAAAACAGGAAGUGGGUGCAUGUUAAAGGUCGGAGCCUGCACGGUCCACUGACACAGUCGGCAAAAUGAAUCGCGUCGUGAUCGGAGGCCUGCUGCUGCUGCUCAAGCUGUCCGCCAGCAUCGUAGCACCAGUUGCUCCUCCCGCACGCAUCAAGUUUGAUUCUGUGGACUUCAAGAAUGUCCUUCGCUGGAUGCCGCCCGCCAACAGCAGCAACAUUCACUACGACGUCCAAUGGAAGAUUUACGGCGAUGCCAAGUGGCGGGAUGCGGACGACUGCCAGGGCAUCCGCCGGCUCCACUGCGACCUGACCCGGGUCACCCCGGACAUCCGAGAGUGGUACUAUGCCAGGCUGAGAGCGUGUUCCUCGUCCGCAUCGUCGGCGUGGAUCCUCUCCCCGAGAUUCAGCCCCCAAUCGAACACUCAAAUCAGCGCACCUCAGCUAAGGCUGAACGCCAGCGAGCAAGGCAUCGUGGUGCGCGUGAGGACCCCCAAGGCCGUGGCAAAGAAGAUACUAAGCAGUCACCUUCGCGCCACUCUCGUCUACCACGUCUACGUCAUUAACGGAGAGGGCAAGGAGGAGGUGUUUGAGCUGCUUUGCUGCUCGGGGGAGUUGGUGGUGAGCAAAGUGAAGCACAAGACAAAAUAUUGCUUCCAGGCGCAGAGUGUCGCAAAACUGCAGGAACGCUACAGCGCUCGCGGGCCCACCAAGUGCGUCACCGCCCGAUGAGCACGGGAACGCUUUGACAUGACGCCAUGCCCUCCGCCGCCAAGACGGUCGAAAUGGGCGGACGCUCCAAGACUGGUUUUGGUCUAUUCGAUGUCGACGCACUCCUCCACUGAAAUCGAGAGCCGUUUGUUCAGAAUGAUGAUGUCGUUCCCGAGACUCUUGUUUUGUCACAUUAAAAUGUCAAAGGGA